AUGAAGGAUGAAGCAGGUAUUUCGCUUAAGUCUAGUAGCGAUACUAGCCAAAGAAGUGGAAGCUCAGACAAUGAAGACGAGGGGAGCAGUGAGGUUGCGUCUACUGGUAGUCUGAAGCGUGAACAUGCAGAGUGCGACGACGGGCUGUACUGCGUUCAACCACUGAGGAAGUAUCACAAAAACGGGGGGGACCUGUUCGUGAGCUUUGAGUUAGAGGCGCCAGGAAAUGUUACCACUGAAGACGAGGAUGGCGAAGGACAUUCAGCAGUUGUGACGAUUAGCUCGCAGCACAUGUGGAAGCUAUACAAGCGCUUUUCUGAGAUCCUGCUGGUCGACUGUACGCACAAGACGAGCAUGUCAGCAUGA